AUGACCAUGAUGAUGACAAACUCACUGUUUGGCCUGGAAGACAUGGAGGCCCUUCUAUGGGAGCCUUCCUUUCCCAUGGCUGACGCCGUGGGCUCCGUUGCAGUUCACCCUGAUCAAGAGGACCAUCGCAAAGGAGGACGAACCUCAACGGAUGGAGCCGCAGCUCCAAUGUCACCAUUCAACUCCUCAUUUGUUUCUUCUUCCUCCUCUCCCCCUCCUUUCUAUUCACCCCCUCAUUCACCGCAAACUGUCCUGCUGGGGAAAACUGGGAUUUCAUCUGACCCGUUCCCCUUUUUGGCCCGAUCUGGGCAGUUGAGAGAUACAGAGCUGGUCUCAGCUGACGGCAAAGAUGACAUGUUUGGGACCCUGGACUGGAUGGCUGAAAGGGUGGACCUGGGUGACCUUGACCUGGAUUCUCUGAUCGGCGAUUGCAGUCCUAAUGAAGAGUCUUCCAGAGAUCCAAAUGAUAUCCUGGCCUCUCUCGAUUUCCCCGAUGAGCUCAACUCUCUCCCUAUCACCACUCUAUCAAGUCUAGCUCCUCCAUCAGAUAUUCCUCAGUCCCCUUUCGGUUCUGAUCCAGAUGUCUCGGCAGAACCAACAUCAUCCCACAAUGAUGCAUGCGAUGUUCCCUCCCCUUUCAUCCCAGAACCCCAAGAGGAGCUGGAAAUUAAAUCUGAACCAACCUCUGACCUCCCAAGUCCUUGCUCCCCGUGUGAUGACACUCCUGCCUCCUCGCCUACAUACACCCUUGACUUAGGCAGUGAAGUGGAUGUUCCCAUGGACGAAGUGAAGCCAGAAGCUACCGUGGUGCCUCAGGUCCAAAGAAUUGUGCUUUCUCUUUCACCAACGCGAAUUGUCCUUGUGCUUGCUCCAAAAGAUGGCAGUGGAGUUACUGCAUCCACGCGGUCCAACGUUAGUCAUUCCUCUUCCCCAGCAAAGUCCUCAAGAGCCAGACCAUACCCUGAUCCCAAACAAAAAGAAACCCCGCUCUCACCCACUGUCAAAGUGAAGUCUUCCCCAGGUAUGAAUGAAAGAGAAACACUGAAGGCGCCAAAGAACAGAAAAUUGAAAAAAAUGGAGCAGAAUAAGACAGCGGCCACUCGUUACCGGCAGAAAAAAAGGGCAGAGCAGGAUGCCCUGCUAACUGAGCACUCCAUGCUGGAGAGGAAGAACGUGGAGCUACAGGAGAAGUCUGAAUCUAUGGCGAGAGAGAUCGAGUACCUUAAAGAGCUCAUGGAGGAAGUUCGUGUGGCAAGGUUGAAGAGUGGACUUUGA